AGCAAAAAAAAAACAAAAAAACAACAACAAACAAAUAAAAAACCAGCAAAUGAAAUGAAAACGAAAUCGAAAAUAGUUUAAUAGACACAACGGCAAGUGAAGUGAAAAAAUUUACCAACAAUAAAAUCAAAUAAAUGUACGAGUAAAUAAUUGUUGUGAAAAAUACAGGCACUUGUGUUUAAAUAAUCGAAAAAACGGCAGACAACAAUAACAACAGCAACAACAAGUGUGGAUUAUCAAAUAGCAGCGAAUAAAUUAAUUACGCGCGCGAUCACACACGAUCGUUUAAAGUGAGCUGGUGAAUGGCUGAAAAUGUGAAGCCGAGCGCCAAAAGUCAAACUGCAGCAACAACAACAACAGCGAUUGUUGCUCACAUAAUCGCCGACAGCGACUAAAGUUUUAGUUGGUCAAGCAGCCAGAAACAGGAGACACAUGCAAGUGCGAAAAUAACAAAAACAACCAAAAAAGUUUUCAAAAAUUAAAAUUAAAAAUAAAAAACAACAAAAACAAAAACAAACGCAUUAACGAAAAUAACGAGUGUAAUAGCAUUUAAUAGCGGCAAGCGAUUUGCCAACGAAACGUGCAACGCAGACGAAUAACGAAAAUCGCCGCGACAAUAACAACAACAACAGCAACGGCUGUACAUAACCAAGCACAAGCAUAAAAACAAACAAAAAUAUGUAUAUGCAUGUGUUGGCGGAGCAACUUUAAAUUAUUUGCACUAAUAUUCCCGCGUCGCAGUGGCGCCACCACAAAAAACAAGAACAAAAAACACAAAAAAAUCCAAAAAUUUAAAAUAAAAAUAUUAAAAUUUUUUUUAAAAAUAAAAAAUUUAAAAAAAUUAAAAAGUCAAAAAAAAAAAUUAAAACAAAGUAACAAAAAUACAACAACAAUAAAAUUAAAGCAAAUAAACUAAACCAACAACUAUUUGCUGUUGUUGCGUGUCGCAGCUCGCCUACAUCAUUUCCAUUCAGCAAACAGUUCAACAACAUCGCGCAAGUGGUCCGUGCGCCGUCAAGACACGACAGCUGCACCACUUGCGGCCAGCGCAAAAACAAUCGAUUGCCUGCAACAAGCUGUGGCAAGCUCAUCAACAACUAUAGCCUAGCAGUGCCACCAAUUUUCCACAAAAACAAAAGCAACUUGUAUAAUUUCGAAACAAUUUUUGGUGAAAUUUUCGCAACUCCCGACAGCAGGCGCAUUGAAGUAACUACAAUGAAGCGGCAUCAACAACAACAACGAUACCAGCAACAUAUGCACACUGCGGCUGCAGUUACUCAGCCAAAUUGUCAAAUGUCCACGCAACGUGCGGCGUUGUCGCGUACGCUGGCCAAGCUGUCAGUUGCAUUGCUGUUGAUUUCUUCAUUGGCCGUUGCCAACUGUCAAGUUUGCGGCCAACCUGCCGUGCCGCUUAAUGCCAAAGUACAGACCAUCUCCGGCGAUGCGGGUUUCAUAGAGGCCAAAUACGAUUGCGAUUCCGGUUAUGAGCUCUUCGGCCCAAAGUCUAUCAGAUGUGAUCCGCGGUCUGGUUGGGAGCGUGAGUUGCCAUUUUGUGGCACGAAUGUGGCUUAUCGCAAGCCGGUCAAUCAGAGUUCAUAUACGCGUGCGGGACCGGCGAAUUACGCCAACGAUGGCAAGCCGGGGAAUAAGAACCCCGAUGGCCAACAGUGUUCCGAAACGCAGAAAGAACCUUCACCCUGGUGGCGCGUUGAUCUGCUGGCACCACAAGCUGUGCGCGUAGUGCGCAUCACCACACGUGGCUGCUGCGGCCACCAGCCUUUGCAGGAUCUCGAGAUACGUGUUGGCAAUAGCAGCGCCGAUCUACAACGUAAUCCACUCUGCGCCUGGUAUCCAGGCACUGUGGAGGAGGGCAUUACGAAAACAUUCUCCUGUGCGCGUCCACUCAUCGGCCAAUAUGUGGCCAUACAAUUGGUGGGUGUGGAGGGCAGUUUGAGCUUGUGCGAAGUGGAAGUCUUCACCAACGAUGAAUUCUCCGUCGAUCGCUGUCUCAGCCCCAAUCUGAGUGUGGACACAGUGCUGACGACAUUCUCGAAGACUUGCUACGAAUUUCAUGUGACGAAGGGUGAGAAUUUCGAGAAGGCGCAGCAGAUGUGUGAAGCAACGGGUGGCAAUUUGGUGCACGAUUUUCGUGGUGCCGCCAACGAUUAUAUACUCGCCGAAUUGGAACGCCGCAAAUCCGAACUGAAGACACAGCUGGUGUGGAUUGGUGCGCAAAAAGAACCCGGCAUUACUUCGCGCACCUGGAAAUGGGUUAACGGUGAAGUGGUGCAGAAACCGGCCUGGGGCAAAGAUCAGCCCAACAACUACAAUGGCGAGCAGAAUUGUGUGGUGCUGGAUGGCGGGCGCAACUGGCUGUGGAACGAUGUGGGCUGCAAUUUGGACUACCUGCACUUCAUAUGUCAGCAUUCGCCCCUUUCCUGCGGCUCGCCGGACUCACAGCAGAACACUACAGUUAUCGGCCGCAACUACACCUUGGGCAACACAAUCAUAUACGAGUGUCCGAAGGGCCAUUCGCUGCUCGGCGAUGCAGAGCGCACUUGUCGCGCGGACGGCACUUGGGGCGGACGCGCGCCCACCUGCAAAUAUGUCGAUUGCGGUCCGCUGCCGGAAUUGGAGCAUGGCGCCAUUCUACUGUCGGAGCAGCGCACCAGCUAUGGCGUGCAGGCGACCUACACUUGUCACGAGAAUUACACGCUCAUUGGCAAUGAGAAUCGCACUUGCGAGCUGACUGGUUGGACGGGCAAACAGCCGGAAUGUCUGGUUGAUUGGUGUCCUGAGCCGCCACGCAUCGCCGGCGGCAGCGUUAGUGUGACGGACCGGCGCGCCGGCUCGACGGCCACCUAUGAAUGCGAGGCCGGUUAUGUGCUGGUGGGCGAACCGAUAAUUUCCUGUGGCCUCGGCGGUGAGUGGUCCAGCAAGCCGCCAUCAUGUCGUUUUGUCGAUUGCGGCGCGCCGGCGCGGCCCGAUCGCGGUCAUGCAGUGUUGGUGAACGCGUCGACAACAGUUGGUUCGAUGGUGAAAUAUGAAUGCGAAGAAGACUACUGGUUGGACGGGCCAUCGGAGUUGUACUGCACCAAAGAGGGUAAAUGGUCGGGUGAUGCGCCGGUGUGCGAGUUGGUCGCUUGUGAUACGCCGCAUGUGCCAGCCGGUUCCUUUGUGGUGGGUUAUGAUUACAAUGUGCACUCGAAGAUCCAAUACAACUGCGAUCCGGGUUAUGUGCUGCGCGGCAGUCCGACAUUGGAGUGCUUGGAAACCGGCGAGUGGAAUACGGAUGCGCCGUUCUGUGAAUACAUCGACUGCGGCAUUAUCACACCCAUACCAUAUGGCUCCAUAAAAUAUACACAGAAUACCACAUAUGUGGGUUCGGAGGUCACCUUCAGCUGCACGCAAUCCCAUAAACUGAGCGGUGUGCCUAAACGGGUUUGCCUGGAGUCCGGCGUUUGGAGCGAUGCCUCACCGAAGUGUGAAGAGAUCCGCUGCUCCGAGCCUGUACUGGCCGCUCACAGUUUGCUCUCGGUGACAGGCAAUGAUCGCAUGUACGGACGUACUCUAAUUCGUACUGCGGACUCAACACAGAACAGCGCACAAACAUAUAAGAUCGGCGCUUUGGCUAAAUAUCGUUGUGAGCGCGGCUAUAAGAUGGUUGGAGAGGCUCUGGUCACAUGUGAAGAUAAUGGCCAAUGGAGCGGCGCGGUACCGGAAUGUGUGUAUGUUGAGUGCGGUAUUCCAGCUAAUAUUACGCAUGGCAAGAUGACUCUAGCCACAAAUGUGACAUAUUAUGGCGCAGCUGUAUUAUACGAGUGCAAUCCUAACUUCAAACUCGACGGCGUAUCACGUCGCUUGUGUACAGAAGACGGCACCUGGAGUCACGAAACACCAGCAUGCAUUGAGAUCACUUGUGAUGAACCGGACAUCAGCGAAAAUCUGAUUGUCGAUAUUAUCGAUCACUCAGUAGGCUCGCAAGCGAAAUUCAAAUGUGCCAAAGGACGAACGCUGAUCGGCAAUGAUACCAGGGUCUGUCUAAAGAACGGCAAGUGGGCGGGGAAGAGCCCAAGCUGCAAGCCUGUGGACUGCGGCCGACCGCCGAUGAUCGAGAAUGGACGCGUCAUAGUUGUGAAUGAGUCGACGCUAUAUGGCGGCUCUGCGGAGUAUCACUGCAUACCGAGCUACAAUCGCAUCGGGCAGUAUCUGCGCAAGUGCACCGAGGAUGGCACCUGGAGUGGCGAUGAGCCGCGUUGUGAAGUUGCCGCCACCGAGGCACAAGAAAGUUCUAGCUUAGGUACCGGCAUUGCAAUCGGCGCCACAGUCAUCAUUUUGCUGCUCUUCAUUAUCGGUCUGAUAUUUCUGCAUCGCAACAAAGCGCGACCGGUCAAGAAUACCGAGAAUGUGCAGGCGGCCGAGACCAAAGAUGAACGCAAUGCGGCGGUGAUGUCUUACUCAACGCUCGAAGCCAAUAACCGCCUACAUUUGGACAAUGGACCACCGGCGACAUUUAAUACGUUUCAAGUGAAUGGACGUAAUGGUAAUGGGACCAUUGGCCGCAAGCCAGAGAACAUCUACGAUCAAAUACCCAGCGAGCAAUUCUACGAUGCGCCAUAUGAGAUGCGCAACAACGACGAGGUCUACGAACCUGAACCGACGGCCGGAAAUGUCAUCACCAUAAACGGCAUAUCGGUGCGAUGAGCAGCAUGCGGAACCGCCGAGUCAGCACGUCGUUGUGGUUAUUUUUAAUAAAUAUUACAUAAAUUAAGUGCUAAAUUCAUGUUGAGCAUUUAAAUUAGUAAUUUGGGGGCUCUUCCAGCUCUUUCAUUAUUUUUGUUUUCGUACUACAGUGCAUGCUGCUCCAUUGGGCAGGCAUUGCCAUUAAUUUCUGUGUAGCAUACUAUAGAGUGUAUGAAAUAUGGCAUGAGUAGGCGCGAGUUCACUCUAACUUGAGCCUCGGACUGAGUAUUAGCGAAGAAUGUUUUAAGAGAGCGCAUAUUUAGUAAUUUCAUACAAUAACUACUUGUUUGUGGCUUCUAAAAGUACAGUCCAACAGUUUGUUUUUGAAAAUAAUUUCAUAUGAAACUCAAGCUUAAAGUUAUAGCUCGCACUCUUAUGUAUAACGAAUCGUCCUUAUAUAUAUUUCGUAUAUAUAUAUAUAUAUAUUACAUAAUCGUGUAAACUCUCUUAUAAUCCUAUGCAUAUACUGUUGUAAUGAAUAGACGAAUAUAAUUAGCGUAUCUAUCUAGUAAUAGAAUUGUAGAUUUUGUAAAUUUUUUGCUUAGUUUUAAAUUAAGAAAUAUGUUUACCCAUUUUAGGUCUAAGUUGCCUUGUAAAUAUUACGUUAUCUGUUUAAUUUGUAUGUUAACUAAAUAUUUAUU